GCGGCCCCGCCUCCUGUAGUGCAUGAUGGUCGGUAAACUGGAAUUGUCUACCGCUGUCGUUUCCCUCCCGGUCCUCCGGUGUGUCUGUGAUGGUUAAUAGAAGAAACACCUCCUGCUGUGCUCCAAACGACAGGUACGGAACCAGCCGAACCACCGCUGUGACCGAACAGCCCUGUGUGUCUGUGUUAAACCCCGCCUCUCAGAGUUAGCCUGUUAGCUUUAGCAUUAGCCAGUCUACGUGUAACCCCAGUGCACAGCGUUAGCUUUAGCGUUAGCUUCUGGGUCGGGUCGCGGGUGUUCGGAAUUGUUUUGGUCCUGACAUCGAAAGUGGACUUCGAUUGAAGUGUCUCGUGUUUCCGUUUGCUGUUGUUGUGUUUACUGUCAGCUCGGAGAAUGUAACUGAGGAAUAAAGCUGAAACAGUAGGAGCUGUCUGAUUUUUAUAGUGAGCUUUAAUGUUUAAUAACUUUAGAUGUAGGGUUUAGAUGACUAAAAAUACACAAAUAAGAGGAAAGUGUGCCAAAAGAUGCAUCAUUACAAUGACAUAUCAGUAAUUUACUCAACAGGUGGACUGGACAGGUGAAGCACGCGGAGAGAGUAACAGUGGAUUGAGUUUACAGCUGCAUUAUAAAAGUCAAAGUUUAGAUCUUCUGGUCACGUAUUUCUAUUUCCUCAGAAGUAUUUCUGAGUUUGAGCAUUGCAAGUUAGUCUCCACAAAUUAUUUGAUGAUUUUACAAAAGCUGUUUUCUUUACCCUUGUUUUGAUUCUGUUAUUGUCAUUAAAUUAUAGGCAUGGCUAAUUGUAUCAUAAACGCUUUUCCAACUAAUUUUACACAUAUUAAAUCUCUCAUUGCUUCACUGGGCUCCUGUAUACUGUGUCUGAUGACUAUAAAUAUUUUAGGCCCAUCAAAAUACUAUUACCUGUUUGAUGGCACAGUGCUGAAUAGGGCCCGAUCGAUUUAUCGGUGAGCCGAUUAAAUUGGCCAAUUGCAGCCCAUUUGAGACUAAUCGGUAAUCGGCAAAAACUCGCAGAUUGUCGCCGAUAUAUUCAGAAAUAAAAUGCGAAGAAUGAGAUUUGGUUUCACUUCAAAAAUGUUCCGCCAUUUGAAAAGUUCCCCGACUUAUCCUGUAGAUGGCGCAGCGACCUCGUGACAGUCUUCAUUCACUAACUACCUCACAGCCCAGAACAUUGACGGAUCUGAAGCAGGAAGCUCAGGGACGCACGGAGGAGAGUGGUCCGCCUCAAAUGUAAAUAAACCAGUUUGUGAAAUACAGGAGCAGUAGCCUUCAGUAUAUCUACAUCAUAUAGUAUACUGUAAAAAUUUGCUGAUCAGACCAUAAUCAGACCCCCCCCCCCCCCAAUAAUGGGCAUCGGCCCCUAGUGUUGAAUGUUGAGAGGAAUUCAGGUAAUCAGGUAAGAUUUCGGAGUGUUUCCAUGUGUGCACCAAAGUGAACCCAAGUCACAGGAUAAUAAAUUCAGUCUUGAAUUCAGUCCAUAAAAUUAAAGCCCUUAAAAUGUCUGAAAAGUUUUACUUUCACUUGUCACAAGUCUUAAAUUUCCCUGUUCACUAGUUCCUUGUUCACGUGACAAUUUCCCGUAAAUAAACACACAAAAUUGAAAGUAUUUGGCUUUAAAAUGAAACAAACUCCAGCAUCAUCUGCUAAAACAGUGAAGUUCCUGGCACAUAAAUGCACCUAACUGUAAAACAGCUGAAAAACUUAAGCUUAAAAAUAUAUAAUCAGAUAGUAUUAGUGUUUGAUAUUUAAAGUACGUUUAUUAUGACUCACCUGUGUAAAUAACCAUUAUUCUGCCGCACAAAGAAGGUUUAGAUUUUUUAUUGUUUGGGUCCUAAAAAGUCCUGAAUCUUUUAAUUCGAUUUUUAAAAAAUGUAUAGGAACCCUGUAAUGGGCACCGACAUGAUCGGGACAACACUUUAUUAAACGUGUCUCUUUUUCAGGUGUGGUCUCAUGUGUAUGUUUACAUUCUACAGUCAUGUCACACAGAUCCAAACACUGUCUGCACAGCGGUCAGUUUCCCUUCGUGGGGGCUGCAUUAAAGUGAUUUCAGAUAAUGUUUAUCGUAGACAAAUCCAGGGUAUCGAGGAAGUGGUGACAGCAUAAUGGGAUUCAGGUUUUGUGACACAUAUUGCUAGUCCUGCGACGUGAUUAUUGCGCAUGCACAAUCUGCACUUGUGAUUUCCAAACCAUAUAUUGUGCAGCAUUAUUUAACACUAAUAAUAUACUCAGCUUUCUCUCUGCAUUUGUUGGUAAAACUGUAAGCAUAGACACAGCGAAUAACAAUGAUUUUCAUCCGUCUCGGUCUUGUUUCAAUGCAUCCAAACCUCAGAGCAAGUGUUCCUUAUAAAAGAAAAGCAGUCGUUUUUCUCUAUAUUUACCUCAAAGUUCCUGAUGAAAGAUGCUCCAGGAGCCGUCUGAAGUCUGGUUCUGGGAAGUCUGACAAGUUUUCGGCUUUAAUUUCUAACCCUGAAGUUCCUUAGUGAUGUUUGUCAUGUGUUGGCAAAAAUAGUGCUGAAAGAGUGAGGCUGCAGACGUGUCAUUUAAUCCUCUCAUCUCUCUGAUGGGAUUAUCAGGAGGUUCUCCACACCUCCUCAGUCUGAGCUGGAAGAUUAGACCCGACUGUCUCUGCUUUACUGUCUCAGCUUCUUCUGCUUUAACAGUAUGUAAAAGCUUGAAUGAGUCAUGUUUAUUACAGCAAAGAAUUGUGCCGAAGACUCAAGACUUUGUGUUCAAUAUGACUGUUGUUUUUCUUUCUGUAAAAUAUCUGAAAAAUAUGAACUUACUCUAAAAUUUACAAAAAAUGUUUAAAACUGAAUGAAAUUCGGUUUACUGUCACUCAAAAGAAAAAUGGAGAUGAAUCCUCAGAGCUGAGAAAACUGAAGCUUUUUUUUUUGUUGAUAAAUGAACAGAUAGUCACCAACUUUUCUGUACAGGAUGUAGUGAUGGGUGUGGUGACGAGCGGCAGUAAUAUGCCUGACUGCUUAAGGAAUAACACCAUCAAGGGUUUUAAGUUUGCAGCUGUAGCAUGUCUGUACAAAGAUAAGAUAAGAUGAACUUUUAUUCAUCACACAGGGGGCUAACAGCAGCAAAGGAUCAGCAUAACAAACAUAGAAGAACAAGUACACUCAUGCACACAGUGUACAGAUAGUUAUAAAAAAAUGUAACUUAGACCAAUAUAAAAAUGGUUAGAAAAAAGCAACAACAGAAAAAAAAACCAGUUCAUAAUAGUGAACAAAAAGAAUUGGACAUGUUAUUGCACACCAUUUGAGUUAUUAUACCUUAUUUAGCAAAUCUUUGUUAGUUGUGCUAAAAAACCCGGACUACUGGAAGUAGGCCUUCUUAAACAGUCUGACUGCAGCAGGAAGGAAGGACUUGCAGUAUCUCUCUGUCACACACCACGGGUGAAGACACCUGUCACUGAAGGAAGUGUUACAAGUCUCUGUAAGGGGUGGGAAACAUUGUCCAUGGUAGAUGAUAACUUAGCCAUCAUCCUGCUUUCCCCUACCACCUCUACAGAGGGCAGUCCUGACCAGAGCGAGCUUUCCUCACCAGUUUUUUCAGUCAGUUCUGAAAUAGAAGAUGGCUGAGACCGCUAUGGAGUCACAACUAAGAGUGGAGUAGAGUGGAGUAGAGUAGGCACAACAUCAUUUUUAUUAAGCAUAAAAAGAACAGGACCUAUGACGGAACCUUGUGGAACACCGUUUGUUUGAACCAGUUCUGAUUUUACAACUCCCAAAAUGAAACACUACUGUCUUUCCAUCAGAAAACUCGUAAGGCAGCUGGGUGCAUUUUAUCAAAGCCAAUGUUUUCAAUCUUUUUUAAAAGCAUUGCAUGGUUAACUUUGUCUAAUGUUUUGGGAAAAUGAAUUAAAAGAGCUGCAGAGUGUUUCUAAGGCUGAAAUGAUGCUGUUUAAAACAAGAGUGCUCGCUGCAACAGUGCUGUGCUUUUGUCUAAAACCAGACAGGUUUGAGCUUAUAAUGGAGUGUUCUGAGAGACAUGAUUUAUUGUUUUCAUUCUCCGGAGAUUGUAAUAUUUUCACAUCUCAGUAGGUAGUCAUGCUUGGCCCUUAAACGGAAAACCACAAGGUUUUUGUUUUGACUGCAGUUCAUCAUUAAACUUUUCGACCGUACGAUCACUGCUGGCUUGAUGAGUUUAACUAACCUAUGUUAAGUUUUCAUGGACUCGCCUUUCUUUGGCUAGAAUCAGCUUUCUGUAAAGUGAAAGAAAAGCUAGACUAAUCGUUUUAUGUUAACAAUGGCUCAUAUGGCUGACUUUGUGGUAUAAAAGUCAAAACCUCAGAGAAUAAUCAGCUGACUCCGCUUAGGUUUUAUUCUGAGUCUGCUUAAGUCGCAGAUUUGGUUUAAAAUCCGUCAGGUUCAGUCUGUGUGCUUUUAUCUGCAUUAGUGGCUGCAACUGGGAAUUUAGCAGAUAAAGAGACAGAUUUUUCCUUUUUAAAGAGAACAAACAGAACUAAGAAAGUCAGCAAAAUGUGUAUGAAAUAAUCAUAAACAUGGUGUAGAAGCAUUUGGACAAGACAGAGAGUUUUCAGUGCUGAUUGCUACUUAUAAAAACUCAUUAUUAUUAUGACUGUUAAAAGCCAGGCACAAAUACUACUCAGAAAUGUGCUCAUAAAACGAGCAAAGUACAGCGUGUAAAUUAAAGUAAGCACAUAUUUUAAAAUUUGAACAGCCUGCUUUAGGAAAGCCAUAAUCAUAUUAUAGUACAGAGAUGAAUUUAAGUGCAUGUUUAUACUUUCCAUCGACAUGAUUCUCCAAAAUUGUUUCCAGCUUGUGGCCAGAUCUCACCUUUCCACUUAGAUUCAAAUUGACAGAAAGCUUCACUGACCUUCAUUAGAUUAAAAAAAUUAUUAAAUGAUGAUGAUAAACUUUUUAUUUGUGAACAUCUUUCAUACAAAAGGAGCGCCAGAGCAAAAGUAGAGUAUCUGGAACUUAUGUGAUGAUGUGGGACAAACCUUUUGUUUGGUUGUGUAGCCUGUUGUUCCUGAUGUUAAAUUAAAAAGAGUGCCGCAGACUGAAGCUUUUAGUUACAGAGAAAAAGAUCAACGUCUUUAACACCAAGAUCCAUGUUUUAUCUCAAAACUGCUCUGCAUUUAUACACUCUGAUAACUGCUCAUUGUUGAGCUCUUUGAAUGUCAUUCACAGCAUGCGGAGGCACUGAACACGUGUCUUAAUAGCAUGUUUACUGAUGUCAAGAUGUUACAUUUAAAUCCUGUCCGGCCCGCUUUAUUAGAAACUAUGAAAAACUAGUACCAUUGAUGAAAUAUUUAACUUAUAAACCAAAGUGGAGAAAUCAUAAAUCAGUGACAUAUUAGAAGAGAUGAAAAAGGGAAACAAGGUGAGAGGAUGGAUCAUCAGCCCUGAAUAAAGUCAGGGAUGGAUCACAGCAGCUCAGACAUGUUAUAGUGUCUCAUUUUCCUUGUUGCAUCCUCAACAAAGAUACAAACACUAAUCCAACUGUAUGAAAGUGGUCCUCUGUAUCUGAGUCAGGAACUGAAAUAAAGUCAGAGUGAAACCAAGUCACAACUGCCUGUGUAAACCAGGGUUUCAAGUAAAUACCUCUGUGAGGUGCAAACAGCGAACGCAUCGAGAGGAAACUUCAUAUGAAGUAUAAAUGUGAUGAUCUGAACUGUGCAGGUGUUAAAGUGGUGUCAGAAUGAGUUGAACUUUGAGUCAGUCAGUAUCUUUUUCCUGAAAGUGCUGCACGCUGCUGCACCUGCAUGAAGACCCAACAGGUGUUACUUCCUGUUAUUCUGUAAGCAGUUCAGACACAGCUGUCUAAAGCUCGAACAGUCACCCUGAGAGGAUGAGGCACUUUCUGUGUUUCAGGUAAUGAUGGGUGGAUUUUAAAACAACUUGUGGUGCAGAAUAAAGCCCCAAAGUGUCUGAAUUUAUGUUUGAAAUCUGAUCCUUCAAAAAGCAGUUAUAUUUGAAGUCUUGUCAUUGUUUCCAGCUAGCCUCUUGGGAGGCGAGUCCCAAUGCCAUGGCCUCCAGCCACAGCUCCUCCCCAGUGCCUCGUCCUGGCAGUGGAGGCCGAGGUCGGAUCUAUCCAAAGGAGCGAGAUCCCUCUCCACCUCGCUUCAGGCCCAUCCGCUCUCUGCCUGAUGUCUGUCCCAAGGAACCCACAGGUAAGAACACCUUCAGUCCAAAGCUCACAUCAUUUUCCAUGAUAGAAAACGAACCCUCCAGGUUGGAUUGGUUUUUGGUCCUCGUCCCUUUUGUACAGAUAUCUGCAGAUUCUCUGAGUCUUGUAAUGAUCUUUAAUUCUUUGAUGUUUUUGGCUCAGGAACAUUUUUCUAGAAUUGUUGAACCAUUUGCUCGUGCAGUCUCUCACAGAGAGGCGAGGGGCGGCAUUUGUAACUUUUCUCUUUACUUAUUUAUAAUUUCAGCACAUCAUGCUUUAGUUGUAUGAGCAUCUAAACCUCCUGACUUGAUUUACUUCAGGUGAGGGGCGGGGCCUGUGUGACGGCCCCUCUGUGGUGGCGGAGCACGACAGGUGGACGGUGUACAGCUCGAAGGUCAAUCUCCCCGCUGCUCUGAACGACCCCCGCCUUGCCAAACGGGAGUCGGACUUCUUCACUAAAACAUGGGGGCUGGACUUUGCAGAGACGGAGGUGAUGGCCUCCUUCUACCUCCCCAACAUCACCAAGGAACACUUCGGCCCCUACCUGCAGGAGAUGGCUCAGGUAACACCCCCCCUGAAUUAUUGAGUCUCAGAAGGAUUCAUUAAGCAUCAUGCAGCUCAGAGCGCCACAGACUGGCUGUGGGUGAUGCUGAUUGGAGGAGGGUGGAGCUCUGAACUGGUUGAACGUGUAGGAUACCUGCUUUAUUUCCGCUUGGCUCAACCUGCUGUAGGUGGGUCAGGAAUCUGGUUCAAGCAGUUUCACCUCCAUUAUUUUAAUCUCCAUUUCUCUGUCUCAUUUUCACUUCCUACAAGUUUCUGAAGGAUGCCAAACAUUUACAAUAUUUUUUUGAAGUCCGCAGACUCCUCCGCUGAACUGACUUCACUCUCCUCUCAAAAACUGUCCACUUUUAAGAGCUGCUGCUUAUUUCCUCAUAUUUCUGCAGCACCAGGGUUAUUUUCUCCUUCAGGUUUCAUAGUAACGACUUCAGCUCAUGACACAGAUGAUGAUCAGCAGUCACUCACUCCUUACAUACUUCCUUAUUCCUGCUCUCUUCUGCUUUAUCGCUCCCAUGUGACCCCACAGCAGGAACUUGGACCUCUAAAGGCUUCAUGAUUUUGUCGUUUAGCACCCCCUCCAGGCCACCUUUGACAUUUUAGCUCCUUUGUGUGGUUGUUAAAGUUGAACUCCUGAAUCAUUUUAACAUGUUUUCUGUUUUUUUUUUUAAUCUUUAGAGAGAAAGAAUCCACGAACGCUGCAAGACGAUCUGUCCCAACAAAGACGAUGUAGAUGCUGUCUCAAGUAUCACCACCAACCACGGUAUGAAUUAUUAACCAGCUGCUGCUGCAGGAUGCUCGCUGACUCCUGAGUCCAUAAAUGACCUUAAGUGACACACAUACACCGUAGAUCGACACAGACCUCACACUGUCAGCGCACAGUGCAGUACUCCUCAGCAGCUGCUCAGGCCCUCAGAACCGACACGCAAGGUUCUCCAGCAAGUUAAAACAAAUGAAGCAAAGUUUUUCCAUGUUUUGUUAUUUUUAUUUUUAUUAGUCAGAUACGAAGCCGAAUGUCACAUUUGAACAGAUAAAGGCUUACUUUACGUUUUGAUGAAGAUGUAAAAUAAUGAAGAUAUAUUUAACUUGAAAAAGGCCAGAAGAAAGUUUUAAGAAAGACUUUCUGACAGUUUCUGCUCACCUCUUAAAUGUAACUUUUUUUCACCCCAACAACAAGCUCUACUCGUAUCAAUAUCUUUCUCAUGGACUGGUGCGUCUUUUCUUGACUGUUUUAUUGUUUUGUUUGUGUGUGAGGGUCAGCAUGACAUUGUUUCUUUAAGCAAAUUGAAAGUACUACAGUAUGUUUCUUCAUUGGGAUGCACAAUGUAAGAUUUUUGCCAACAUUGAUAUUAUUGAUACUUUCAAACUGAUCGUCUUCUUCUUCUGUCCUUUUUUAGAAAAAUCCAAAGCUGAGCUUGAACAGGUCCCAAAGGUGAAACUUCUUCUCUCCUAUAUUCUCAAUUUUAAUGCAGUUUAAUUUGUGCUAUUUACACCCUGAUCUUUGGUUCCUGUUUGUCUGUGUUUUGAAUAUUUAGAUCUUCAUGAAGCCUGAAUUUGCUCUGGAGGAUCCAGCCACCUUCAAUGCCGUCCUGCCCUGGUCUCACUUUAACAGCGCGGGGGGGCGAAGCAGCAGAGACGUGGCGUCCUCUAAACUGCUACAGGAGAAGGUGAACUCUCUCGCACCAUCCGUGUCACCUUAAAUAAUUACAGUACAGGUGAUUGUGAUUAGUUUUGAUGUCAAUCAGUUUGUCUCCUCUCCUCCUUCAGCUGAGUCACUACCUGGACGUGGUGGAGGUGAGCAUCGCCCGGCAGAUCUCUCUGCGCUCUGAUGCGUUUUUCCACGCCAUGUCCUCUCAGCACGAGCUCCAAGAUCGUCUGCAGGAGACACAGCGAGCCGUGGCCGUUCUGCGUAGCCGGACUGCUGAUAUCGACAAGGUGAUGUGCCAGGGGCCUCUGCGGGCCCUCCGUACUGCGCUGACUCGUAACAACUGCGUGAAGCUGCACAACAAGCUGAAACUGAUGGCGGCGGUGCAUCAGACACAGCCCACCGUGCAGCUGCUGCUCUCCACGUCUGAGUUUGUUGGAGCGUUAGAGCUCAUAUCAACCACCAAGGAGGUGCUGCAGCAGGAGCUUCAGGGCAUCCACAGCUUUAGGUGAGGACUCUUUGCCUUUUUUUGGAGCAGCUUCAAGCCCAUCUCUGUUUCUACUGACUUUGAUCCCUAUAAUUUAGGGAAAUUAGGUACAAAACUACAUGGCGUCUGAGUGUCUGUCUUUGUCUCUGGCUGUCUUUGUGUCCCUCAGACAUUUAGGUUCCCAGUUGUGUGAGCUGGAGAAGCUGAUCGAUAAGAUGAUGGUGGAGGACUUCAGCAUGUACGCCCGCAGUGACCUGAACCGCAGUCUGAAGGAUGAGCCGCAGGUCCUCGAGAAGGUCUCAACAAAUUCAUUUAUUCAUCCUACGUUCAUCCCCUUUAACAUAAACCUUUUUAAAACAGAUUUAGACGCCAACUCCAGGUAAAAGUUAUUGAUGAGGAGUUCUUCUUUUCCAAACUGACAUGACUCGAGAAUAGAGUCCUGAGAUGAAUUACAAAGGGUCUGAUUUUUCUAAGCUGUCAGUAUGGAUGAUCAUUUAAGAAUUAUGGAGAAAUUACAGAUGAUGUUGACCUCGCUAGUAGCUUGGUUUCUCUGGGCUUGCAUAACCAUGUGAGACCACCAAUGUAGACUGUAGACUGUAUGACACAUGGACAUCGUCUCAUUGAUGUCAUGUAUUUGUUUCAAGGUGGAGGUGUCUUUGGCCGCAAUAUUGGAAAUGCUGGCACAACCUAUCUUACUGUCCCGCUGAGCCAUAGACGGCUAUUAACCGUCUAGAUUCUGUAUAUUAUUAGACGGAAUUUAGACGUUGCACUUUAACCCAUUAUUGGAUCACUAUUUAUUUCAAAAAGCAACUGUGAGUUGCAUAGUGCAGUGUAGUAUAGAUAUAGCCCAGAUUUAGACUUGGUCUAAACUUGGUCUAGAUUUAGACGUCUAAAAAACGUUCAUUUUUAGACCUGAAAGGUUGAUUUUCAGCUUGAGGUCAGCGCUGAAGUGAAUGAUUGUGUAUUUAACGGAUGCUGUGUCCAUCACAGGUUCACAAACCAAAUGCCGCCUCAGAGAAGGUGCGACACUCACAUCUAUACACCCGUUUGAAAUCCAGUGAAAUCACCCUGAUGCUGAAAUCUGUGAAUAAGCGACCAAUCAAAUGCUGUCUGGAAAAACGUGCUUGGAGUAUCAGACGAGUGCAGAUGGAUUAAUUUAAUCAUUUCUAGAAAACUAGGAAGAUGAUGGAAACAGCUCGAGUAUUUCUGAGAGUGAUUGAAACAUUUAAGAAGUAAUAAAUAUCCAAUUCACUGAACCUGUCUGGUCUCCAAGCAAGUUAUAUAAACAUUCAAGACAUUUUGAAGGUCUCUGCUCUGAUUCUGUAAAAUAAUCUCAUAAUUGGGCUUGGUGGUGUGCUUUUAUUCUUUCAUUCUUUGUAGAGUCAGUCAUUUGAUGAUAACUGAGGAUUUUGAUGUGAUGGAUCUUUAAAGGAUAUUCUGGUGUGAAAUUAGGUUAGGGUCAAACACACCGUAUCACAGAGUUAGACACCCCCUUGAAAGAUGAAUGUUGCCGACUGCUUGCUUCUCUAGUUAUACCAACUUCAGUAAUGACCGCACAAUAGCAAUACACAGGGGUCUACGGAGCCAUAAACAAACCUCAACCAAAACGCUACGCUAUAGCCACAAAUAAUGUUCAGAACAGCACCUAACUUCAUCAACAGUACAUAUAGGGUCCUAGCCAUAGCACUAGCCAUCAAACAUCUUUUAAACUUUACCUGAUUUGUUUAGCAAAGAGACUAAACACAACUCACCCACUCUCUUCCAGCAGCCGCUUUGUAUGGCUACCUCAGGCGAGUCCAUUACUGCAGCUCAAGGAAGAACAUUUAUGAUAAUUUCCUCAUGGAAAUGCAAUCAGACUGAGAUGCUAAUGCAGAAGAACUACUGCGUCUGCAGUGCAAAAUGAUGAUUAUUAUGAUUAUUACUUCAUGGCAAUAAUAAAGUAAUGAUCAUAAAUGUUCUUCCUUGAGCUGCGUCACCCCGAUGUAGUCCUUAAUGGACUGGCCUGAGGUCUCCGUAGAAACAAGCGGCUGCUGGAAGAGAGUGGGUAAGUUGUGUUUAGUCUCUUUGCUAAAGAAAUUGGGCAAAGUUAAAAAGAUGUUUGGUGGCUAGUACUGUGGUUAGGACCCUAUAUGUACUGUUGAUGAAGUUAGGUGCUGUUCUGAGCAUUAUUUAUGGCUAUAGCGUAGCGUUUUGGUUGAGGUUUGUGUGUUGCUCCUCAGACCACUGUGUAUUGCUAUCCUGCGGUCGUUACUAAAGUUGGUAUAACUAGAGAAGCAAGCGGUCGGCAACAUUCAUCUCUCGAGGGAGUGUCUAACUCAGUGUUACGGUGUGUUUGACCCUAACUUAGCUUUACGCCGGAAUAUCCCUUUAAUUUUCCUCCACCAGAAGAAUAAUUGAAGCUAAUAGAUUUAAAAAAAACAAAAUUUAAUUAAUUUAAUCUAAUCAUGACUAUAAUGAUUCUGACUCCUGUGAUGAAUUCACUCUGAUUGGGUUUCCUGGUCCAUAAAAGUAAUUGAGGGUCAAAUUGUGGGUGAGUUUCUGGAUAGAACUUAAUUGAAUGAGCAAAGUGUGUGGAAAUGAAAUCUACAUGAAACAGAAUCGUGUUUCUUUUUCCUCUAAGAUACUGCUGCUGCCUGUAGAGUUUGAUUGGAUACGUAUUUAAAUCUGGACUUUAAUUAUCAAGCACUCACUGUUAUUUUAACACCACAUUAACCUGUGUGUUUGAUUUUGUUUUUAGGAGCGUCUGGAGUCUCUAGUGUUCGGUCUGCUGCGACAGAGAAAGUUGGAUUUUCUGGACAUAUACAGUGAUGAGAUGAUUCUGGCUGCCAAGGCCAUCGUCACUCAGGUUAGACUCCUGACUCUAAGUUUACUAAAAAAGAAAGUAUUUUAAAUUGUGUAGAAACCUUCAAAUAUCACAGUCAAACUCAAUCAAUGUAUUCACGUUUGUGUUUUCAGUGUGUAGCAGAAAGUGUUUUGCACAUAGAAGAUAUUGACACUGAAGUCGUCACUAAGUAAGUAAAAAUGAAUGUGGUGGAAGUCACCGCAUGUGCUCAAAAUCACUUUUUAAAAAACAUCAACAAAUCAGUGUCUAUAGGAAGAAAAAUCUAUGAAACGGGUCCAAAUAUUUGUUAGUUUACAGGAUGUUUUCACGUGUGUCUGAUUUGUGUCUCUGAAGGCUAGCUGAUCAGAUGCGUGUGAUGACGUUCCCUCAGUGGUUUGAGCUGCUGGAAAACAUCUUUGAGAGUUUUCUUCUCUUCCUGCAGAGGAUCAAGGUGAGUCUCUCGUCUCGCUCAGGUACAAAUUUCAGCACCAAGAAACGUGAACCCUUCUUCUCUGUAAAAAUGCGCCAUCUGUUCUCAGGGUCUGAAUUUUUAGGAUGGGAAGAGGUCUUGUGUCUGUUUGUUGCACGUUUGUAGUCCAAGUAGUAUUGACCAAUCAGGUGUCAGUAGGCUUUAAUGUCUGUAGGAAAAACAGUCUGUAUGGAGAGCAAAAGCAGGCUGGGUAUAAUCCGCUGUAUUGACAUCUUUGCUCCAACCAGCUGUAACCUGAGGAGGAUUCAUUUCUCCCAGUGAACGGAUAUCUGCAUGAAGCUCAGCUAAUCUGUUUUACACUAAUCUGCUUGAUGUUGUCACUAAAGACAAUCAGCAUUCAGAUUUCCUGACUUCCCUGAAUGCAUCAGAAAUUAUGGAUGACUACCAUUCAAUAAACAAACAUGUAUUUCUGCUAACUUAAGACUUGCUGUGUGUCAGAGUCACUGUAGGAAAUGUGGAGCUGGUUCUGUUGACUGAAGUUCCCUUCUUUACAUGAAGUAUGAGGAGACCAUCAAUCUGUUUUCUCUCUGUCUCACUCAGGUGACCCUCAGCGUGAUCAGAAACGUGGUCCUGGAGGUCCUGGCCUCAAACCAGAAGACCCGACUCCUGGAGGAGGCUGCAGCAGCUUCCUCAAGCCAGGAAGUUCCCCCCGGGCCAACACUCCUGCAGGGGGAGGCGGAGCUUGCCUACCUCACCCACGAGGGUCUGUUCAUCAGCGACGCUCUGAACGAGGCCCAGCAGCUGCAGACAGCUCAGGAUCCCGGCUCUGUGGUGGGGUCCAGGAUCCAGCAGAGCCAGGUGGAGGCCGCAAACAGUGACUCAGCCUCAGGGAGUACGGAGAGCUCUGUUAGCCGGGAGCAGACUUUCAUGUGAGUACAUUUUUAACGCAAUCAAUUUAUAGGGGUUCAUAGUUUUGGAUCACUGUUGAAGCAAUGGUACACCUGGUAGUAGGGCGACAAAAAACGUUCAGAUAUGUCAGACUGUGUGCGUGUUUUAUGUCCUCAGGUCUAGUGACAACAUGAUGCCUUCUGAGCUGGAGCUGAACCGGGUGAUCAACAACCUCCAGGAGCUGCUGUACACAGCGUCCAACAUCAGCCAUGACCGUUGUGUCAAAGUUCUCACAGCAAGAGCCAAGGUACAAACAGAAACCUCCACCUCAGUAAGACCUGCCCUCAGCUCACUUCAGCUACCUCUAAGAGGCACUUGAGUUCGAAACUCUUUCUAUAUUUCUACAUUCAAUGUUUUGAUGAUAUCCUGCGAGGGAAAAAAAGGCGCUUCAGUUAUUUUCAAAGUCGUAUUAACAUUUAUAUCCAUCUAUGAAUCCAACACAGUCAGUCGAUUCAGGCUUCACUGUGACCAUGCUCUCUAUUGUCUCUGUCUCCACAGGACGGCUCCCUUGAGCGUCUGAGCUCCGCAGAGUUUGUGUGUCUUUCUCAGGGCGUGGAGGGAUUCGUCAGGGACACUGAGGAACUGUGUGGCAGACGCAGCGUCUCCCUGAGGGGGGCGCUGCAGAGCCAGGCCAACCGCUUCGUGCACCGUUUCCACGAGGAACGCAAGACCAAACUCAGGUGAGGAGCAUGUGCACAAGCUGGCUCCAGGACCUGUUGUCUUUCUUCAUUUUAAAGUCUUUAUGAAUAUGCCAGAGUUUACCAGAUGCUGCACUGUAGCUAAAUUCUAUCUUUAGUCCAAAGGCAGGAGUACUAACACAGUUUUAGUGUGUUUUUGUGAUUGUUGUAGCUGUUUUGUGUCUCUGCAGCCUCCUCCUGGAUAACGAGCGAUGGAAGCAGGCUGAGGUUCCUGCUGAGUUUCAGGAUCUAGUCAACUCCAUCGCUGAUGGCAGAAUAACACUACCAGAACGCAAAAUCCAAGGUACCAAAAGAUGACCACCGAUGAUCUAUAGAUGCUGUCAAUGUGAACUCCUCAGUGCUUUCUGUCCAAGAUAUCCAAAAGGGAUCCAAAACGUCCGGAACGCAUGAGAAUGACAAAUGAAAUUUGCUGAUAAUUGUUGGUGAUUGUAGUCAAACCAAAAGUUAUCUGAUUUGAACAUGUCUUUCAGAUUUGCUCAGAAAUGACUGUUUGUAGAUUUAAUGUCAUUAAAAGAUAAACUAGGGGGGCGACUUUGUCUCUUUAGUGCUGACAGAUCGAACAAGUUGUUUAGAAGUGGGGUAGGCAGGAUCUGAGGAAGUGUCAGUUUUGGGGAGAAAUCUUAAAUGUAAACACUACCCCUCCCAACCAGUUUUCCCCUCAGCUCGUAUUGUUUCAAUUCAGUUCAGAUAUAAUGCAGAUAAAUACUUCAGAUUAUUACAAAUGGGGCCCAGUCAACAUGAAAUUAAAAAGCAUUGGUGCUUCUGUAGAUGCCAACAGACUACCAGCAAACUCAAUGUUUGCAGGACUUCUACAACUAGGAUAGAGUGACAUAGUCCAGGACCCGAGGUCAACAGUUUAGCGGUGCUACAAGAAACACAGAAACACUUCUGUUACAGACACUCAGCUUACUUUGUUAAAGAGGUUUACCUGUCCAGCAGAAAGGUUACAGGGUCUGUAAGAUUCCGAAGUGUCCCCCAUCGUUUAUGUUCCACUGAUGUUGACCUAGCUAUUUGGCUCUUGUCCGGUCUACCUCCGUCUUAAGCGCCCGUUAUUCCACCAGAGUCUCCGGUAUUGACUUUGUUUUCUUGCUUGUGUUGUUGGUCGUGGCCAAAGGAGGAUUCAGACAAUUUUCUGUACUUUCUGGUUGGUUUCUACUAUUGAAUGUUGUUGCACGCUAACCUUGUUUGGGCUUGUGAACGUUCUGCCUCACAACCAAUCAGGUCGGGGAGGUGGAGAAUGGCUUUGUUUACAGUCAGAAAGAGCGGGCCACUCAAAAAAUGUAAAAUGUUGACUACACAGACAUAACAGAACACAGCGAUAUUGUUAUAUAACCAAAUGUCAUCAAUAACUAAUAGCUAUUGACUGAUAUUAAAAGCUUUGUUGUAUAUACACCACUAAAAAAGAUGCUUACUUGACGAGUUCCUGCCUACAACACCUUUAAGGUUAAUUUUUUCUCAGGUGUCCAUUUUUCUUUGUAACAUCCGCUGUUGUGAUGAAGGCGGGAAACAUGAGCUGAAAUCGACCACCUCUUCAGGAAUAAUUUAUGAAAAUCAAAUCCACUUCUCUAGAGCAAACACAGCUCCAUCAAGAAGAGAUUUUAGGUGACGGCAGCCGUAACAUGUUUGCUGUUUAUUUGCAGGUCCAGAUGACAGGAAGCCCACCGAGUUUCUGCUGGUCAGCGGGCAGAAAUAUGCCGUUGUUGGGUAGGAGUUACUGUUAAUACGACAAAAACCCAGAGAUGAUUGUUUCAAGAACAAUCUGAUGAUAUUAAGUUGAAAAUAUGCUGUAGAACUGAUUCUUGGUUGUUUAUAAAAAGGGUUUUAUACUCUGUGUCUCCAGAACGGUCCUGCUGCUGAUCCGGAUCUUUCUGGAAUACUGUCAGUGUGUAAAUGACAUCCCAUCCAUCGCCACUGACAUGCUGACCCGUCUGUCAGACCUCCUCAAGGUCAGAAACACAAACUGUUGUCAAACUUUUUUUUUUACUCCUCUAUGGUUUGAGAUCUGGACUUGUGCUGCACAGAGAUGUCAGAUCCUCUGCCAGGUCUAUCUCACCUACCUGAAGCAGCUUUUGUAAACCUCUCGACACAUGGUCUUAAAACGCAGGUCCUCUGUCUCUGUUUCUGCAGCACUUCAACUCUCGAAGUUGUCAGCUGGUUCUGGGGGCUGGAGCUCUGCAGGUCGUCGGCCUCAAAACUAUCACCACCAAAAACCUUGGUGAGGAGAGCCACACACCUAUCUUAUUUUAAUUUUUUCAUCAUCCUGCCUUCAUCUCUUUAUCUUCAGUCUCUUUCUGCACCCAUCUGUCUGUCUCUCUCUUUUUUUUCUGAUCCUUCCAACCCAUUUCUAAAAACAUGGCAUGAGUAGCUUCCAUGUCUGUGAAGGCUCCAUUAAUGCUGAACAAUAUCUACAGGUUUAGGAGCAACAAAUGCUGCCAUCCAGACAAAGACUUUUUCAGAGAAGACAGGGCUGGACAAUGUGACAUGUGUGACUAAAAAUAGAUGUGUGUGAACUGUAAAAUGUAUUUAGGGGCUCAUGUGCGCAUAAAAAAAUCAGCCAAGGCAACAAAUGCUUUUUCAUGUAAAUACCUCGGGGAAGUUAGUUUUAGGUUGGAUAUUCAACGGACAUGCACCGCUGAUCUACCGGUGUCUUCUCACUCUCCAUAACCGGGAAUAGCAAAAGCAUUGCGGUUAAAUCUAUUCAGCACCCUCACUGUCAACUUGGGAUGUUAAAUAAUGGACCAUCAGUAAAUUACCGGUUGAUGUUCUCAAAAAAAGGCUGUUUUCCCUCAAUAGCUUCCAUGUCAUGUGACCAGUUGACCUAAAAUUGAUUUUGAUAAGCCACACUCUUUAUUUCCCUAAUUAGUCCUGUAAAAAAUUUUGUUAAAUUUAAAGGCAAAUUUUGAACAUUUUCUUCAAUAGCUUCCACGUCAUGUGACCAAAAGACCUAAAAUUGAUUUCAAAUUAUAGCGCACAUGUCGACCAAUUAGACACACAUGAUUUGAUCAAUUUUCAUUGUGCCCCUUAAGUUCUUACUUUUUCAACUGAUGAGCUCAUGUGCACCUUCUGAAAAAAGUUAGUGUCAAACCCUGGAAGACCCUCAUAUUUUAGUAAGACAAUGACAAACCACAUGCUGCAGGUAGUACAACUGCAUGGCUGUGUAGUAGAAGAGUCCAGCUGCUGAACUGGUCUGCUUCGGCACCCAUUUAAAACAUUUGUGGCUGUUGAGCAGCUGAACUGGAAAAACUCCAGAAACUGGUGUCCUGGGUUCCCCCGCAUUUAUACUUCUUUUUCAGUCAACUCGCACAGCUCCGGAACUUUUCUCAGACCGUGUGUGUGUGUGUGUGUGUUUGCGUGUGUUUGUUUUGCAGCAUUAGCUUCCCGCUGUCUUCAGCUGGUGGUUCACUACAUUCCCAUCAUCAGAUCUCAUUUUGAGACCAAACUGCAGCCCAAACAGUUCAGCGUCCUCAGACACUUCGACCACAUCACCAAGGUGACACAGAAGUUCCUGACAGUCCAUUUACCACAUAGAAAAAAAAACUCUUUUUGCUUUCCUGUUAGACCAUUUUAUUGCGGCUUAUUAAAUGAGAGUGUGUGUUUCUCUUUAGGACUACAACGACCACAUAGCAGAGAUCUCUGCCAAGCUGGUGGCCAUCAUGGACAGUCUGUUUGAGAAGGUUUUAUCCAAGGUAACCUCAAACUCUUUCAGGAAACAUUUGAUGAUUUUCUGUUCAUUGUAGAGUUUGAUGACUCACAAGUAUCAAACAUUUAUCCUGCUGUUAUGUCUUUCCUCAGUAUGAAGUGAAGGCUCCGAUGCCUUCGGCCUGCUUCAGAAACGUCUGUAAACAGAUGGCGAAGAUGCAUGAAGCCAUUUAUGAGCUUUUACCUGAAGAACAGACACAGGUUAUUUUCCCGCUACGAUAUAUGAUUAUUCUGUUUGAGUCUCUAACGUAUCCUCAGUAAACAAAGUGCUCACUGAUGGACCGAAGUCUCAACCAGAUCUUUUUUUUUGGUGCAGAUGCUGUCUCUAAGAAUAAACGCCAGUUUUAAGAUGCAUCUGAAGAGGCAGCUGGCUCGACUCGGGGUCGUUAAUGACGGAGGGCCACAGCACGGGUAACUGAACUCCAAAAACACUGACACAAAAUUUAAAAAGGACACUUAAAAUCUCAUUUGAAUUAACCCAGCAUAAAGCAAAUGACAUUUCCCAACUGAAAGAAAGAACCAAACUCAAACUUGUCCUCUGAUUUUACAUCAAUAAUCCCAAGAAUGUUGGGAUAGGGCUUUAGAACUCUCAGAUCGAAGGCAGAGUUCUGUGACCAAAUUAGAUCAAAGGCAGAAUUCCCAGAAGAAAGGCAAAAAUUUCCAGAUCAAUUGCAAUUUCCAAGAUUAAAGACAGAGUUCUGAGAUAAAAUUUGGAGGGUAGAAUUCCAAAACCAAUUUAAAAUUCCAAAAUUAAAGACUAACUUUCCAAGGUCAAAGUCAGAAGGUGGAAUUCUAUGACCAAAAUUAGAAUUCCCAGAUCAGAGGCAACAUUUCCAGAUCAAAAUUAAAAUUUUGGUUUUGAUCUCGCAGUUUCAGGAAAAAUGUCCGUAUUUUGAAUGUACAACUUUUAUACCCUUAUUUGAUAGCAUCAAAUAAUGAAUCAAAAUUAAACCUUGUAAUAAAAAAUAAGUAUGUGGACCAGCAGAAGAAUGGGGAGAAAUCAUGUUCGAUUAGAUCUGUAUUUGAUUUUUUUUGUGGUUAUUAUCUGUUGACUUGGAGGAGGUUUGCUUUUUGGUAGCUGGUUGGUAAACACAGCUACAGGUAUUUGUCCUCACUUUCAAGGAGCUGUCAUCAAACUUUGUAAUCAGUUACCCCUGUCUGACUGAGUGGUCGGUGUUUGCAGGCUGGUGGUGGUGGACGUGGCCUUCUACACAGAGAACAUUCAGGCACUGAAGAGUCUGGAGCGGCUUGACCUGAACAUGACUGAGAUCUGGGAACAGAAAAGGUGAUAGAGGACUGAGACCAGACGUCUGAGACCAGACCCACCGGCCUCCCUGGUGACAGGGGGUGACCUCAGAGGCCCAUGAUGGCCUGGUGAGGGUAGAGGAGGCCCAACAGGGACCAAAAACUUUGAGGGGAGAAGCAGGGACACGCUGGGGCUCCGGAGCAGCUCCACCUUAAGACCUCCUACAGUAACACACAGAGCCUCCUUAAAAACUGCUGCCACCUCAUCUCACUGUGUGCAAUCCAGCAGGAACACUAAUAAAUUAUAAGACUGUUUCAGUGGGAGUGGGAGUGGAGGGUGUAGAUAACACUGAAGGAAAGGCGGGGUAAUUUAUUUUUCUGGCUUUGAAACCCUCUAUACUGUGGCUGAGUUUUUCAUUUCUCCUGCGAGGAUGAGCUGAAGGGAUUUCACUUGUGACACUGAACAAAAUCAUCGCUGUGCUCAGACUGCACACUGAAAACAUCAGCGGUUCAGGUGUGGCCGUGAUUCCAACAGGGGGAAGAACAUUCUUCUCCCACGGGGUUACUUCUUUUCACUCGUAAACAGCUGAUUUUGUUUCAAUUCUCUGUGGUGAUGGCUGGAUGAAACUGACUUUUAAGCUUUUAUACUCAGAACAAAACUAUUUUCCAGACUUCUUGUCUUCGAGGUUUGGAUAUUCAGACAGCUUAAAGACCUGGAGAACCCUCACUGAGGCAGGCACUGAUGGAAAAAAAAGUGCACUUUGAGAGUUUAUUGCCUGAAAACUACAAACAUCCAGACUGUGAAGCUCAAAGUAAAACAGGAAAUCAAGUCUUAAAAUGCACUUUUUUAAAUUCUGUUCUGCUUGAGUUUCCUCCAGCUGAGGGAUUUCUAGUAUUUGUGAUGAAGUAAAUUUUUAUACCUGUAGUUAAAUGAUAAUGAAGAGUGACUGCAGACAAUUGGAGCAUGAUAAUCAGCUGUUCACUCAAACUGCUGUUGACUUUCUCCCCCUGCUGUGGUUUAAUUUAACCUGCAUGAACCAGCUAGUUUUUGUUUUUUUUUGUCUCCAGAGCUCAAAAAACAGAAAGAGAACAGAAAACCUGAUUUAUGUUGUUUUACAAAUCUCAUAAGGUCUCUGAAGCUCCACCAACAACAAGGAAAAUUAGUUGUUAAAACAGGCCAAAGAAGGAUUAAAGGCACAUUUUUCUUUGUUUGUUGUUAUACUCACUUCUCUCACAAGAGGGCCGAAGAGCGACAAAAAGCUGCAGCCAUCAUAAUGGAAAGUUCCAUCAUGUGGAAAAUGUACAAGCUGAAACUCAUAAAGUUAAAUGAACAAAAUGAGUCAUUUUUUCUCAAGAGAAAAGUCAGAUUAUUGAUAAAUAUUAAGUAAUCUGUGAACAAGAUUAAAUCAUGAACUUACAAAAAAAAGUCGUGAAUUUCCAAAAAUAAAUUUAUGUAUAAAUAACUAAAAUUUACCUGAUAUAUUUGACACAGUAUUUGAGAAUGGCAUGAGAAAAAUCAUAAAUCUUGUGUCUGUAAGUCUUGAAUUUUCAACUAUAGAGCCAAAAAUGAACAAGAGCAACCUCACCAAUUUACAGGAAAAAAAAACCCUCACAAAUCAACAAGAGAGCAGUCGUAAAGAACAAACUUGAAUAAAUGCGUGAAGUAACAAAAACAAACGUACACACUUACAAGAACAAAUCAGGAGUUGAGAACUUGUAAAAAAUAAUGUGGUAAAUUCACAGGACCAAACUCGUCAAAUGACUGGAUUAUAUUUGUAGAUUUAUUAGAAUAAAACUGUUAAUAAUUCCAAACAAACAUGUAAAUUAAAAUUAAUUUAGAUUUUGAAUUUAUAAGGAUUAAGUCAUUAAUUUUUGAGAAUUUUCUACCAGUAUUUAAGUCUUAAAUUAUUAACCUGACUUUGUUCAUGUAAAAUGCAGCCUCCAUAAAUCCGGUUUUCUGUUCCUCAGUGCAGUUUGAGCUCUGAUCAGACUGAACCCACCUGUCCUCUGUGGUCACCUUUUGUCCCUGCAAACACUACAGGAAGAUUAUAGCAAGAGGAGACACUAAAUUUGACUCUCUGCUCCUGUUCGUCUCACUACAUUCAUUUGAAGCUGAAUUUCUCUCUCCAGCAGCUUUAUGGUCAUCUGUCAAAGACGAUAUUGUGUUUCUUCUCAGAGGCUCAAAGUGACCACAGCUGACAGAGAACAAAAAACAUCAACAAUCUUCACUGUCAGCUUCAGAAGUGCCUUCGUUUGAUCGACACAUCUGAGCUCCUCGCUACUGUGUGCCUACCAUACCACUGUGUGUGUGUGAGAGAGAGAGUGACAGAGAGAAAGUGUGUGUGUGUGUGUGUGUCUGAAUGAGUCGACCCUGAGUGUUUGUUCAGAUGAGCGAGCAUGUCUGAAAAUCCAAAAUGUCUUGAAUCCUUCAAACCUGAAGAGAAUAAAACAGGAUAAUGGUGCGA